AUGGCAAACAAGUUUGGAUUAGGGUCUUUACCUCUAGAAUCUAAAAAUCCCAUGAGUUCUACGGCGUUUAUAAUCAAAGCGAAACCUUUUUUCGUGGAUCAAAUCGGAGACACCUUACAAGGGGAUAUGGAUAUGAACAAUUUCAAAAUAACUAAUUUAAAGUUUCCAGGAAACGAUAACGAUGCCGUGAACAAGAAAUAUUUACUGGAUCAAAUAAAAGCAAUUCAAAUAGAUAAGGACCAUGUUGAAAACAGAAUAAAUGACGUGAAGAAAUACUUCAGACGAAAUAUUAAAAAUCUUGUGAACGAACCCAAACUACAACAAGAGUUAACGAAUUUGAAACGUCUUAUUCAAGUGGAUAAAACAAAUGAUAUGAAAAGUUAUUUUAAAGAACAGGUCAAUCUUUUGGUAUCUAGAAUUCAUGACGAUUUUUUGAGACAAGAUAGAAAGUUGAGCAAAUUAGAAGCUAUUGUCACGGACAAAUCGUAUUAUUUCAAUCUUCCAUUCGAAAGUGACACUGUCUUCGAUAGAAAAGACCAAAAUUAUAAAUCAAACAAAUACGGAUUCAAAGCAGAAAUAAAAGUGGGUUCUCUCGAAUACGGUGAACCUAAAAACGUAUUCGAUAUCGGCGAAACGCAAGAGUUUUCUUUUCGAGGUAAUUGUCUGAUUCAAAUAGAGUUUCCCAUGAAGGUUAAAGUCAAUAAAGUAGUCUUCAAACAAACCGGUAAGGCCGUCAAACAUAUUUCAUUAUUCAAUGAUGGUAAUUUGGAAGAGAAUAUACGUUUGAUUGAUAAAAGGGAUCAGGAAAUUGAAACGAAAAAUGGUAAAUAUGUAGACACCUUUAAAAUGGAAGUAGAAAAUGAUAAGGAUAUCAUUGGAAUCAAAGAUUUGGAUAUGAUAUUGGAGACGGAAAAUCCACCAUCAAGCAACAUUGACAAAAUUCCACCACGCUUACACAAACACGGAAAAAUAGAAUCGAGCAGUCACGAGUUUUUACGAACAACAGACUUUGAAUACGUAAAACUGUAUUUCGCUUUAGGUGAAAAAUACACCUCUAUCGAUGUUCAUAAAAGUCAACAAGAACGAGAGUUUAUAGUACAUUUAACGUUUGUCGAAGGUUCCGACUCCAUCCUUCAUGCUGGUGGUUAUAUUUUUAGCGCCAAGAUAAACAUCGAAAAAGAAAAAAUAAAAUAUUCCUAUCAUCUUAAAGAGGACCAUACGAAAAAAGAAAUGUCGUUAGUACGCGUAAAUGUUUUUACUUUUAAUACCCGAAUAUUUAAGAAUACUAGGCCAAACGACCACGCUCUAUUUGAUAUUCCGUGGUUCUAUCUAUCGGAAAUUCACUUAAUUUAA